AAUUUGCUCAUUUAUCAAACCAAAGACAAAACCGGCUGUAAUAAAACAGAUUCUUUCGCCGGAGAAACGUAAAUUUCCCCAGAGAGAAUCUGUGUUUAGGGUUCUGAAAAGCGAAGAAGAAGAUGAUCGGAGUAGGGAAAAUGAAGCAGUACUCUAAUGUCCUUGACAAGCCACUCAGCAAAGGCAAACAAGAGGUGAGCUUGAGCGCGUUUGCGUUCUUGUUCUCGGAGCUAGUUCAGUACAAUCAAACCCAGGUUGACAACAUUGCUGAACUUGAAAGAAGACUAGAGGAUGCUGGGUAUGCAGUUGGAUCUCGAGUUUUGGAGCUUCUUUGCAACCGAGAGAAGGGUAACAGAAGAGAGACACGGUUACUUGGGAUUUUGUCUUUUGUCCACAGCACCGUGUGGAAGGUGUUGUUUGGGAAGGUUGCUGAUUCACUUGAAAAAGGAACAGAACAUGAAGAUGAGUACAUGAUCAGUGAAAAGGAGCUUCUCGUCAACAGGUUCAUUUCGAUUCCAAAAGACAUGGGAACAUUCAACUGCGGUGCGUUUGUGGCUGGCAUAGUGAAGGGAGUUUUGGAUAACGCAGGGUUUCCUGCUGUGGUAACGGCUCAUUUUGUACCCAUUGAAGGACAACAACGCCCUCGGACUACCAUUUUGAUCAAGUUUGCUGAUGAGGUGCUUAAAAGAGAGGCACGGCUAAGCCAAUGAGAGCACUUUUUGUACGAGUUGCCACAUCAUGUUCUUGGAGCUGUUGGCUUUAUGUGAACUGCUUGUGCAAGUUUUACCUGUAUCUUUUGGUUUAACUUAAUACUACAACAUUUUAAAUUGAGCUGCAAAGCCUUGUCCGUUGAUUGAUGUAAACUACAUACGUACCCUCUUGUUACAAUUCCAGCUGAUUAUACAACAGUUUACCAGUUUUAGAACAGUGUAUGCAAACAUGGUUAUG